AUGUAUCAAACAAGCACGGACUCUGAAACCUCAGUGCCUUCUUUGACUAUGCAAGCAACAUUAAAAACUUCCACAUUCAGUACGCCAGACUCAUCUAUGCAAAUAUCAGACGUUUAUACAUCCCAAGCAACUGAAUCACCUGUACUAACAGCAGAAAUGUACACAUCUAGUACAACUGAAUUACCUGUCUCAACACCGGAACUGUAUACAUCAAGCACACUUGAAUCAACAAUGGAAACAACAGAAGUUUACACAAACGCUCCAACUGAAUCAACUGUGCCAACAACAGAAGUGUACGCAUACACUGCAUCUGAAUCACCUGCGCCAACAACUGAAGUUCCCACAUCCACUACACCUGAAUCAACUGUGCAAACAACAGAAGUUCCCACAUCCGUUACACCUGAAUCAACUGCGCCUACAAAAGAAGUGUACACAUCCAGUACACCUGAAUCAAAUGUGCCAACAACAGAAGUUUACACAUUCACUACACCUGAAUCAACUGCGCCAACAACAGAAGUGUACAGAUCCAGUACACCUGAAUCAACUGUGCCAACAACAGAAGUUCCAACAUCCGUUACACCUGAAUCACCUUUGCCAACAACAGAAGCGUACACAACCAGUACACCUGAAUCACCUUUGACAACAACAGAAGUUCCAACAUCCGUUACACCUGAAUCACCUAUGCCAACAACAGAAGCGUACACAUCCAGUACACCUGAAUCAUCGGUGCCAACAACAGAAGCGUACACAUCCAGUACACCUGAAUCAACUGUGCCAACAACAGAAGUAUCCAAAUCCAGUACACCUGACUCACGUAUCUCAACAAAAGAAGUUCCUACAUCCAGUACACCUGAAUCAACUGCGCCAACAUCUGGAGUUGCCACAUCAACUACACCUGAAACAACCGUGCCAAAAACAGAAGUAUCCAAAUCCAUUACACCUGAAUCAACUGCGCCAACAACAGAAGUGUACAGAUCCAGUACACCUGAAUCAACUGUGCCAACAACAGAAGUUCCAACAUCCGUUACACCUGAAUCAUCUAUGCCAACAACAGAAGCGUACACAUCCAGUACACCUGAAUCACCUAUAACAACAACAGAAGCGUACACAUCCAGUACACCUGAAUCAACUGUGCCAACAACAGAAGCGUACACAACCAGUACACCUGAAUCACCUUUGACAACAACAGAAGUUCCAACAUCCGUUACACCUGAAUCACCUAUGCCAACAACAGAAGCGUACACAUCCAGUACACCUGAAUCACCUGUGUCAACAACAGAAGCGUACACAUCCAGUACACCUGAAUCACCUAUAACAAUAACAGAAGCGUACACAUCCAGUACACCUGAAUCACCUGUCCCAACAACAGAAGCGUACACAUCCAGCACACCUGAAUCACAUGUGACAACAACAGAAGUUCCAACAUCCGUUACACCUGAAUCACCUAUGCCAACAACAGAAGCGUACACAUCCAGAACACCUGAAUCACCUAUAACAAUAACAGAAGCGUACACAUCCAGUACACCUGAAUCACCUGUCCCAACAACAGAAGUGUACAGAUCCAGUACACCUGAAUCACAUGUGACAACAACAGAAGUUCCAACAUCCGUUACACCUGAAUCACCUAUGCCAACAACAGAAGCGUACACAACCAGUACACCUGAAUCACCUUUGACAACAACAGAAGUUCCAACAUUCGUUACACCUGAAUCACCUAUGCCAACAACAGAAGUAUCCAAAUCAAGUUCACCUGAAUCAACUGCCCCAGCAGAUGUGUACACAUCCACUACACCUGAAUCAACUGUGCCAACCACAGACGUUCCCACAUCCAGUACAUCUGAAUACACUGUGCCAGCAACAGAAGUGUACACAUACACUACACCUGAAUCAACUGUGCCAACCACAGAAGUUCCAACAUCCAGUACACCUGAAUUCACUGUGCCAGCAACAGAAGUGUACACAUCCACUACAACUGACUCAAUUUCGCCAACAACAAAAGUUCCCACACCCAGUACACCUGAAUCAACUGCCCCAACAACAGAAGUGUACACAUCCAGUACACCUGAAUCAACUGCGCCAACAACAGAAGUGUACACAUACUUUACAUCUGAAUCAACUGUGUCAACAACAAAAGUUCCCACAUCCAGUACACCUGAAUCAACUGUGCCAACAACAAAAGUUCACACAUCUCAAACUACAGAGUUGACUAGGCCAACACUUUCAGAAGAGCCAACAACUAUUUCUACACAAUUUUCAGCCUGUAAUGCUACUCACUAUGGUCUGGACUGUGCCAACUCAUGCAGCUGUAACAUAAACAAUACAGUUGAUUGCAAUGACACCACAGGAGAAUGUUUGUGUGCAGCUGGUUGGAAUGGCAAUACUUGUGAUGAAGAUGUCAAUGAGUGCCUUAAUGCCAGCUACUGUCCUGGUUACAUGGAAGUUUGCUUUAAUUUGGUGGGGUCAGCAGAAUGCAGGUGUGAGAUUGGCUAUCAGAGAUCAGGACUGAAUCACAAGUGCCAAGGUAAUUUAUGA